AUGGCAGCCCAAUCUACCCUCCGGGGUGUUUCGCGAAACCUACCUUCGCUAGCUGACCUCUCUCAGAAGUAUGCGAAACAUCGGCCGAUUAUACAACCAAUCUUGAAAGCAGCUUUUGUCGCGUACUGUCUCGGCAAUACCUAUAGCAACUUCGUAAGACCCAAAGGAUCUGAAGAUGCGAGCUCGGGGAGGAGAAAGGAGAAGGGUAAACCCGGUGAUGAACCGGGAACAAAGAAAGAGCGGGUCAAGGUCGAUGCGGUGUUUUAUGCCCGACUAAGGCACAUUCUUAGGAUCGUUAUACCUAGUUGGAGAUCCAAAGAGGCUAUGAUGCUGGCCAUUCAUUCCAGCUUCCUUGUCUUCCGGACGGUCUUGAGUCUAUAUGUUGCCGAUCUUGAUGGGCGUAUUGUUGCUUCGCUAGUGCGAGCAGAAACUGUGCCAUUUCUCCUUAACCUGCUUCGUUGGCUACUUGUUGCCAUUCCCGCCACUUAUACCAACAGCAUGUUAGGCUAUAUUCAAACCAAGAUUGGGAUCGCCUAUCGUACUAGACUUACGGAACAGAUUUUGAACACCUAUCUAGGAACCGAAAACGGAGAGGACAAAGUAUAUUAUAAAAUGUCAAACUUGGACGAUAGGAUCAAGAAUCCAGAUCAAAUGAUUACUACAGAUAUCCAGCGAUUUUCUGCACAUCUCGCCGCGAUGUAUUCCAACCUCGCCAAGCCUGUGCUGGACGUCAUAUUAUACAACUACCAAUUAUCACGAAACGUAGGGGCCGAGGGUCUCAUUCUUCUUACAGCAUUGGUCCAACUCAGCGCCAUACUGUUAAAAUCGCUUACUCCUCCAUUUGGGCAAUAUGCUGCUACAGAAGCGGCGCUCACUGGCUCCCUACGUGCCACACACUCCCGCUUAUUAGAACAUUCCGAAGAAAUUGCUUUUUUCGAAGGCGAAGAGGCCGAGAAAAUGCUUGUAGAGCGCGAUUAUUUUGCCCUCGUAAAGCAUAUAAACAUGGUCCUGCAAAAGCGGCUAUGGCAUGGCGUUGCUGAAGAAGGCGUCAUCAAGUGGAUGUGGGGCUGCUUUGGGCUAUGCAUCUGUGCUAUCCCAGUAUUCUUCAAGUUGCCUGGAAUGGACAGGAAUGAUCUUGGAGGACGAACAGAGAGUUUUGUUACCAAUCGGCGCCUCUUGCUUUCCGCGUCCGACGCCUUUGGUCGGGUUAUGUACUCGUACAAGGAACUUGCUGAACUCGCUGGUUACACAGCACGUGUUUCGCUCCUCAUGGAUACUAUGGGCGACGUUCAGCGUGCUCAAUUCGAGAAAGCACUAGUUAGUAGUGCCAGUAUCGAAGAGAAUGCGAAAGUGCUGCAGGGCCGAGGGACCGUGAUCGAGUCUGACGAGAUUCAGUUCGAAGGUGUUCCUAUUGUUAGUCCUAACGGGGAUAUUCUGGUCCGAUCACUAAGCUUCUUCGUACAACCUGGGCGGCACCUGCUGAUCGUGGGUCCAAAUGGGUGUGGGAAAUCCUCGCUGUUCCGUAUACUUGGUGGGCUCUGGCCGGUCUACGGCGGAACGGUUCGCAAACCUCCUGCUAAAGAUUUUACGUACAUCCCUCAACGACCCUACUUAAGUCUUGGCACGUUGCGUGACCAGGUGAUUUACCCACACACUAAAGAGGAAAUGCAGCGGCGUGGGGUAACAGAUGAUGAUCUUCUCCGGGUUCUUUCAGUGGUUCAAAUGGAUCACAUUGUGGAGCGUGAAGGUGGAUGGGAUGCUGCAAAGGAAUGGAGAGACGCAUUGAGCGGCGGUGACAAACAGCGCAUCGCUAUGGCCAGAUUGUUCUACCAUGCGCCUAAGUACGCUAUAUUAGACGAGUGCACCUCUGCCGUCACCUUGGAGGUUGAGCGUGUGAUGUUUGAGCACGCGACCAAACUUGGGAUUACUUUAUUGACAGUAUCGCAUCGGCCUUCUCUUUGGCAGUAUCACCAUAUGAUUCUUCAGUACGACGGGCAAGGUGGUUACGUCUUUACUGAAUUGGACGCGGAGCGUAGAUUGGCAUUGCAAGAAGAGAAACAGGCGCUCGAGGCACGCCUGCUUGAAGUACCGAAGAUGAAGGCACGCUUGUCAGAACUCAAGGCAGCUCAGGCGGAACGACGCGGCCCGUAG